CAGCCCUGGGCAACAUGUAUUACAAAACUGCCAGGAGCUUACUUUGAAUGGUGUGCACAUGCAGAGGAAAAUAGCUUUAUGCAAAUUUCUUGUCUUUAUGACGGCCAGCAAUCAACAGACUGUAACGACCCGGUUUUUGUUACGAGUUGACUUUGAUUGAUGAUACUUUUCAAAAAAGUCAAGGCCACGCCAUUUAGAAGUGAAACUGUAUGUGAGUUGCUAGAUUAGAGCUUUGCAUUGGUGGACUAUAGUUUUUAUUAGCAGGUUAUUUUGGCCAAGUUGAGCUGACGGGAGUGUUUGCCAUGGAAGAGUUAACUCUAAUUGUCUGGGAUUAUGUUGCCCUUGGAAACUAUGUUGGAAUUCUUCUGCUAAUUGCCAUCAUUUCUGUGUGCAAAUCCAACGGCAAAACCAAGGAAGGGUAUUUCCUCGGAGACCUCAAACUCUCAUGGAUUGGGAUCGGAGCGUCGUUGUUUGCUAGUAGCAUGGGAAUUGAGCGGAUCAUAACCCUUGCAGGGGGAGGAGCAACGACUGGAUUAGCAGCUGGAGCCGCUGAAGUCCUAGCGCUGCCAUUCCUUCUAGUUCUUGGAUGGGUGUUUGCUCCAGUCUACAUUGCAAGCAGUGUAUUUACUCUACCACAGUACAUUCAUAGGAGGUUUGGUGGACAGCGUAUGCGUAUUUUACUGGUCAUCAUAUACCUUGUGCUAUACAUUGGAGUCAGGGUGUCGGUUAACUUAUAUGCCUGCUCCAUCGUCCUUCAGUAUUUCUUCCCUGAUUGGGUUAUCUACCCAGUCAUCAUUGGAAUGCUGGUACUGGUUGCAUUGUACACCGUACCAGGAGGAAUGAGGACUGUUAUUCACACCCAGAUCUUUCAGACGAUUGUUGUGAUCGGAGGCUCAGCUGUUCUUGCAGUUUAUGCUUAUCUUGAAGUUGGUGGAUAUGCCAAUCUGCAGAAGAGGUACCGACCCACUGUAACAAUGAUUUCCAAUGAUAGUUACUUAAGGAACGGAGAGCAAUGCGGCUACCCUAAGGAGAGCACGUUCAAGAUGCUUCGGGAGGCUGGAGGGUCGGACAUGCCUUGGGCUGCUUUCUUGUUUGGAUACAGCAGUAACGCAUUGUGGCUGUGGUGUGCUGAUCAGCUACUAGUCCAGAAGACACUGUCAGCAAGGAGCCUUUCCCACGCUCAAGGAGGCUGCAUUCUGGCUGGAUAUCUUAAGAUUCUACCACUGUUCCUUAUUGUCAUCCCAGGAAUCAUCAGCCGCGCUCUCUACUCAAAUGUGAUUGGUUGUGCAACGGCAGAGCAGUGUCUUGCAAUGUGUGGUAAUUCUCAUGGAUGUAGUGAUAUUGCGUACCCUAAGCUCAUGCUUGGACUUCUCCCAAAAGGGCUUCAUGGUUUGCUGUUUACUGUGAUGUUAGCUGCUGCCAUGGGGGAUCUUUCCUCUAUCUUUAACAGCACUUCGACACUAAUCACUGUGGACAUCACUGGUGGUCUGAACAAUCACUUAAAGAACAGGUGGACCGUAGCAAGUGCAAGAAUCGGUACUAUUUUGAUGCUUGUAGUUUGCUUUGCCUGGCUCCCUGCUGUCCACUAUGGUGUGGGACUCAGUGAUUUGUUUACCAGCAUCUUAAAGGUGCAGUUUGGUUUUGCACCAUCCAUUGCCGCGGUUUUUCUUCUCGCCAUUAUUUGGCCACGUGCAAAUGAAAAGGGCUCAUUCUGUGCUCUACUCGUUGGCAUAAUCCUUGGCAUCGCUCACAUCAUUUGCAACAUCAUCUUCACUGAACCUGCGUGUGGUGACCAAGAUGAACGACCCAUGCUCUUGAUAAAAGACAACAACUUCUACAUCACCCUUAUCAUCUUUGCUGUCACGGUGAUAGUCGAUGUCGUCAUCAGCCUUUGCACUGAUGAACCGGAAAAUGCUAUGUUGUUGCGUACUACAUAUUGGAGUCGUCACAACGUUGGACGUCGCAUCAGGAAAUCACAGCGUGUGGCCAACAAGGUACUCCUUGAAGAAGGUUACGAAUCUGAGGGAGACAGCUGGUUGUACAAGUCCAAAUGGAGUCGUUACUACGACAAUUGCUGCGGCUACCGGAGUUACGUCGUUACCCCCGAGAGGCGCUCUCGCACCUCAGCCGUCAACUCAGACAUGAACUACCGAUCACUCCUGGAGCAGAGACCUUGCAUGAAGGUUUUCUUGAAUAUCAAUUUGGUGAUCAUCCUGCUGGUUGCCAUCGGGAUGUUUUCUUACUUCUCCAUACAAGAUUUCAUCGAGAUGUAUUAGAGAACUCGCACAUGAUACGAACCAACAGAUCUACAAUCCCGGCCGUAUCUCGUAUGGCCCCUGCACACCAAGGCCCCGUGCCCCCUCUCAAUGUUGGGUCACAUUAGCAUCUAUGAGUACACUGGGUGCGUUUGUUAAGCUUCCCCGGGUCGACCCCAGUGUGGCGUUUUCUUUUUCCAGGACGAAC